GUUCCUGUGACAAGAGUCAAACGGCGUCGUAUUAGCUUUAUCCACUUCUCAUUUCUAGACUAGAGUAGAAAGAACUAGAACAUUCGAGCAAACAACACUCAUUAUCGAUUCCUCCACCAUCAAUCUCAUCGUGGUCAUCUUUCAUUUGUUGGAGUUCAAGAAUGGCAACAAAGUACAUUGUUGGUUCAGUGUUUGCAUCAUUUGCUGUUGCAUAUGUUUGUGAUGUCGUUAUUGCAGACAAGAAGGUGUUUGGAGGUACUACUCCACAUACUGUUGCAAACAACGAUUGGUGGAAAGAGACUGACAAAAAAUUCCAGGCAUGGCCUCGCACUGCUGGUCCCCCAGUGGUCAUGAACCCUAUCAGCCGCCAAAAUUACAUUGUCAAGUCUUGAACGAGGAUAUUCGUUCCUAGGCUUGAUUAAAAUGUUUGGUCAAAGUUUCAUGUCGAGUAGUUGUGUGAUAGUUUGAUUGUAAUAAAUGUUUGUUUCUGCUUGUCCAACUACGGGUGUUGUCUUGUAUCAAUGAAGGCUGUGAAAGGAUACAUGAUCAUCAAAUGGAUAAAAGUAGCUACUUAUGUUGGUUCUCUGCUCUCUUUGCAACUUUAUUUCUGGCUAAAAUAAUAAAAUUUCUUUGUGUGGGAA